AAAUAUUUGUUUUAUUCAUGGUAGUUCGAAUCAUCCAUAACCGACCAUAGUUCUACUGUAUAAUAGAUUAAGAGCCCUAGUUUGAAGGUUAACAUAUCACUGUUUUCAAAAAUUAUUGUUUACCGGUUUUAUUAUUUUUGAAAAUUAAGAAAUGACGUCAAAACGAACUGUUUAUGUUGGAGGUCUGGCUGAAGAAGUAGAUGAGAAAGUGUUGAAUGCUGCAUUCAUUCCAUUUGGAGAUAUUAUAGAUAUUCAGAUUCCUUUAGAUUAUGAAACAGAAAAACAUAGGGGUUUUGCUUUCAUUGAAUUCGAAAGUGGAGAAGAUGCAGCUGCAGCUAUUGAUAAUAUGAAUGAUUCUGAAUUGUUUGGAAGAACGAUAAGGGUGAACUUAGCUAAGCCACAAAGAAUAAAAGAAGGUUCGACGAGACCUGUUUGGUCUGAAGACAGUUGGUUGCAAACUCAUGCUGGAGAAACAUUACAGAAAAAAAAUGACAUACCUGAAGAUGAUGCUAUGGAAACUAUCACUAGUGAAAACCAAGUCGAAAAUCCCAAAGUAAAGAAUCCACAAGUAUAUCUAGACAUCAAAAUUGACAAAAAAGAAGUUGGCCGCAUAACUAUCCUUCUUAGGUCAGAUGUUGUUCCAAAAACUGCAGAAAAUUUCAGAUGUCUAUGUACCCAUGAAAAAGGAUUUGGAUAUCAAGGAAGUAUAUUCCAUAGAGUUAUACCUGCUUUUAUGUGUCAAGGAGGAGAUUUCACACACAAUAAUGGAUCAGGUGGAAAAUCAAUAUAUGGAAGAAAAUUUGAAGACGAGAAUUUUGAACUCAAACAUGUUGGACCAGGAACAUUAUCGAUGGCUAACUCUGGUCCAAAUACAAAUGGAUCUCAAUUUUUCAUAUGUACUGAAAAAACCGAUUGGCUCGAUGGGAAGCAUGUGGUUUUUGGUCAUGUAAUAAGCGGAAUGGAUGUAGUGAAAAGAAUGGAAAGGAGCGGUACAAAAUCUGGAAAACCCACGGAAAGAAUAGAAAUUUCUGGAUGUGGCGAAGUCUCUUAGUUGUAUAUAAAUAAGUUGUAACUAUUUUUUAUCAGUAAAUACUUUAUCCCA